GCGCAAGGAGUAGACUGGCUGAAGAAAUUUUCUCCGCCGUUCAAUACGACAACGCGUGCGCUUUUCUUCCGGAGGAGCCAGUAGUCGUUCUAAUGGUACUUUCAUACGAGGGUGUUGUUUAACGAUGAGAGGUUUUGAUUUAACAAUGAAUAAUUCGGGUUGUGCGACUUGCACACUCGAACCACCGCCUGAUAUUCUUCAUAUACCGCCACCGCCGUUCCCAGCGAUUCUCCAACAAAGUUCCGACUUUUAUCCGCACACGGAUUUAUUAUCGUUUCCACCUCAUCUCAAUGACAGCCCUUGUAAACAUUUCUGCGAUCGCCGCUCCGAAGGUGUUCAAUACAUAGAAAUGCCUCAACAAGGAACAGUAUUUGACGAUACAUGGUUGCUGGUUCUAAUAUUCUCCUGUAUCGGUGUAAUUUUCAUAGGCAUCAUUCUGGCGAUAUUACUCUUGAAAUGCAAAUUCAAUAGAAGUGGCAAGAGCGGCGUAAUUUCCAUACCAAACACAACAUCUGGUAUACAAGCAAAAAACGGGAGGAUUCAAAACGAAGCUGUUCUUUAUCCCUGUGCAGCUGAUACUAUGCAAGAUAGCCGUGUUAUGUGGGCUACUCUGACACCACGGGGUACCACCAGACACUAUCUAGAGGAACAUACCUAUGAAACCAUUGGCGGUGGACAAUUCCAUAAACGUGCCUGUUCAACUACGCCAACUGAACAUGUAAAACUUAAGACUUACGCAGAUCCACCGGUAACUACCCCGAUUCAAAAUCGCCUGAAGGACGACAAAGCCUUUGAUAACACUGCGUUUGUAGAUUACGAAGAACCUUCGUUAAUAAAGACUGACUAUUAUCAGCUCAAUGAUGUUUUGGAGUCGAAUGAUCCAGGUAUACAAAGAGGAACAUCGCGCCCACGCGUCAGUUCGCCGACACGAAUCGAACAUCCAAAUUUACCACCCCUUAAUCUUCACCCUCAUAAACGUUCCUCUCGUAAAGGAUCUGCUACACCACAAACUACAGAUACUUUAUUAAGAAGUAGUAUCACAUCAUCUACAUAUAUUCCUACUAUAUAAGUUUUACGUCCAGUCUUUGUUAUACAUACAUAUUUAAAGGCUUAUACAAUAAGCGACAUAAACAACAGUACAUUUUGUAUACAUUACCUUUACAUCUAGUCAUUAUAAAUAAGAAAUAACUGCCAGUCAAAUUAAAGCGACCUAGUCGUUAGCCGGUAUAUGUAAAUUAUAUAUACUUUUUUCUUUAACCAAUUAAAAAAUUGAAAUCAUA